CAGAGAACAGUAAGAUUCCAAAUAUAAAAGAUGCGUGCUUUCAUCGUCCUUUGCCUUGUGGCUGUUGCCUGUGCUGACAAAUUGGGUUACAACUACCAACCUGUGGGUCAUUCAGACUCUGGAUUAUCAUUUGCUCCUGGCUCAUCUGGUCAUGUAUCAGGUUUUGGUGGAUCCCAUGGCGCUGGCGACUACUCGUCCUCGUCAGUAGGCGGUAAUGCUGGUUUUGGAGGUUCAAGUGGUGGUUUUGGCAUUGGAGGUUCAAACGGCGGUUUUGGAAGUUCCAAUGGUGGUUUCAGCGCUGGUGGUUCCAAUGGUGGUUUCAGCACUGGUGGUUCCAGUGGUGGUUUCAGCAAUGGUGGUUUCAGCUCUGGCGGAUCUGGUUCCGGUUCGGUUGUUGGCUCUCAUGGCGGUGCUUCUUAUGCUCCCCAAGCUGAACUCGAAAAGGAAUUCUAUACAUUCACUGCCAACGAAGAAGAUUUCACUGAACCCGCUGUUGAAAGCCAAAUCGCCAGUUCUGCUAAGAAAAAUCUCCGUGUUAUUUUCAUCAAGGGUCCUGAAAACCAUGGUUUGGAAAAGGCUGCUCUUGCUUUGGCUAAACACGCCUCUGAACAAAAAACUGCCAUCUAUGUUCUCCAAAAACAAGCCGACAUCAGUGGUUUAUCCCAAAAAUUGAACACCAUCAACAACAACGUCAACAACAAACCCGAAGUACACUUCGUCAAAUACCGUACACAAGAAGAUGCUGUCAACGCCCAAAAGGCUAUCCAAGGACAAUAUGAUUCUUUGGGUGGUAGUACUCAAAACUUCAAUGGUGGUGUUGCUCCCGUAUUGAACUUUGCUUCAAAAGCCCCCGCUGCUUCUCAUGGUUCCCAUGGUUCAUUCGGAUCUUCUGGUAACUUAGGAUCUUCUGGCUCUCUUGGUUCCUUCGGAUCUCUUGGAUCUUCCGGAUCUCAUGGAUCUUCCGGAUCUCUUGGAUCCUUCGGAUCAUCUGGCUCUCUUGGAUCUUCCGGAUCUGUUGGAUCCUUUGGAUCAUCCGGCUCUCUUGGAUCUUCCGGCUCUCUUGGAUCUUCCGGAUCUCUUGGAUCAUUCGAAUCAUCCGGCUCUCUUGGUUCUUCUGGCUCAUUCGGUACUGUCGGUUCUGUUGGUUCAUUGGGCUCAUCUGGAGUUUCUGGUCCAUCCACCGUCGGUUCCUCAGGCCCCAGCUCUACUUAUCUUCCAGCUUUCAUUGCCAACCGUUACCGUAAGUGA